UGCGCUGUUUGGGUUGGGUUCUCGGUUGCUCAGUCUCAGUGUGUGUGUGUGUGUGUGUGUGUGUCUCUCUCUCUCUCUCUCUCUUCCUUCCUUCCCACCCAGCCCCCUCCUCCCUCUCCACAUUACAUCCAGCAUCUCUUCCUGACUUUCUCCUGACUCAGUUUGGGUGCUCGCACUGUUGUUUUCGACUUCCCCUUUCACCCAGCCACAGAAGACGGAAGGAGGAAAAAAAUUAAACAAAGGGGAGGGAAGGAGUAGAAAAUCCGGUCCUUAUCGAGGGGAUAUUUUCUCUAGGAAGAGAGGAGGAGAGAGGUUGGGGGGGUGGAAAUCGCAUUCGGCCAGUGUUGGACCUACGGGCUGCAUCAGCCACCCCAACCAACUGAAAUUGACACCGCUUGUACAUUUCACCAGGAGCACGAAGGAAGAGGAAAGGAAGAGCUCAUUCAAAUCACACCAGCUCCCUUGCAUUGCAUUCAUCUGCUCCCUGUUUGGAUCUACCUCCCAUGUAGAGAGAGAGGAAAAAUGCACUGAACAAGGAUUGGGGGUGGGGUUGGUGGGGGGAGAAAUUGGAAGGCAUUUAUAUACAAAUAUAUAUAUAUAUAUUUUUUUUAAAAAAAAACCAAGGACAGGAAUGAGAGAUCGUUAAGGUGGAAGUGGUGCAGAGGGGCCCCAGCAAGAGCCCUCAUUUCUACCCUCACCCCCCCACCCCACCCCCAGCCCUUUUCUCUUGUGCAAUUCUGGUCGGAUGAAUACUGAUGUGUUUUUUUAACUGGAAGAGUGGCUGAAUCCUGAACUGGAGAACCAACGAUGUCUUCCAGACUCACGUUGCCCUCUCCAAAUGAACGCAGUUUGGAACAUCACUCGUCCCACAUGGAGAACCGCUCGGAGAGAGGCUCCACCUGGUCCAGUCGGUCUCUGGGAGCACGCUGCCGGAAUUCCAUUGCCUCCUGCACCGACGAACAGCCUCACAUUGGGAAUUACCGGCUGCUCAGAACCAUCGGCAAAGGAAACUUCGCCAAAGUCAAACUGGCGCGGCACAUCCUGACCAGCCGGGAGGUAGCAAUAAAAAUCAUCGACAAAACCCAACUGAACCCAACCAGCCUACAGAAGCUUUUCAGGGAAGUGCGAAUUAUGAAGUGUUUGAACCAUCCGAAUAUCGUGAAGUUAUUCGAGGUGAUUGAGACGGAAAAAACCCUCUACUUGGUUAUGGAAUAUGCAAGUGGAGGUGAAGUGUUCGACUACCUGGUUUCACAUGGGAGGAUGAAGGAGAAAGAGGCCAGAGCCAAGUUCCGGCAGAUCAUAUCCGCUGUGCAAUACUGUCACCAGAGGAACAUUGUGCAUCGGGAUCUGAAGGCCGAGAACCUUCUCCUCGAUGGUGACUGCAACAUCAAGAUUGCUGACUUUGGGUUCAGCAACGAGUUCCAGUUUGGCAACAAGUUGGAUACAUUCUGCGGGAGCCCCCCGUACGCAGCCCCCGAACUUUUCCAGGGCAAAAAGUACGAUGGGCCAGAGGUGGACAUCUGGAGCCUGGGAGUCAUCCUGUACACUCUGGUCAGCGGCUCACUGCCGUUUGACGGUCAGAACCUGAAGGAGCUGAGGGAGCGAGUGUUAAGGGGGAAGUACCGUGUCCCCUUUUACAUGUCCACUGAUUGUGAAAACAUCCUCAAACGCUUCCUGGUACUCAACCCAGCCAAGCGGGGAACGCUGGAGCAAAUUAUGAAGGACAAAUGGAUAAACGUGGGCUGUGAUGGUGAAGAACUUCGGCCGUAUGUGGAGCCAGAGCCAGACCUGGGAGACAACAAGCGAAUAGAAGUGAUGAUUGGAAUGGGCUACACACGAGAAGAAAUUAAAGAAGCUUUGACCAGGCACAAAUACAAUGAAGUAACUGCUACCUACCUCCUAUUGGGCAGGAACAAAAGUGAGAUGGAUGGCAGUGACUCCCGUUCUGGCAGUAGCCUCUCAUUAGCCAAGGUUCGGCCCAGCAACGAGCUGAACACCAGUACAGUGAGCCAAACGUCAACGCACAGCAGGAGCCAACGCAGCUCGUCCACCUACCACCGGCAGCGCCGGCACAGCGACUUCAGUGGGCCAGCUGCCCUGACCUCUCACCCGAAGCGGAGCCAGACCAGCACGGCGGACAAUGACCUGAAGGAGGAGCGCAUCCCGUCCCGCAAGGUGACCGGCGGUGCAGUUACCAGUGGCAGCAGCAGGGCAGGGGUCCCGCCGUCCAGCCCCAUGGUCAGCAGCGCCAACAACCCGAACAAGUCGGAGAUCCCAGACCGGAGGAAAGUGUCCGGCCCAGCUAACAACAAUAUCCCAGCGAGUGCCAUGAGCAGGAGGAAUACGUACGUCUGCACUGACCGGGCCCCCAAUGACCGGCAAUCGCUCCUACAGAACGGGAAGGAAAACAGCUCGGCGAUGAGUCGCGCCACCCCAGCCUCGCCCUCCACCCACAGCAUCGCCGCCCCCACGGACCGCACGCGCUUCCCGAGGGGCACGUCCAGCCGGAGCACCUUCCACGGCGGGCAGCUCCGGGACCGGCGAGGGGCGGCGCAGAACGGUUCGCCCACGUCCCCCACCCUCUCGCCCGACGCCACGCCCCUGCCUCAGACUCGGAGCCGGGCCUCGUCCAACCUCUUCUCCAAACUCACCUCAAAGCUGACCAGAAGGGUCACUAUUGACCCAUCAAAACGGCAGACUGUCAACAAAAGUGUGCCAGGGAACCCUCUCCCUCAGGGACCCAAGACUGUUAACGAACCUGAGAGAAGUUGGCGAUCUGAGGUCACAAGUGGCAAUGUAUCUUGGAAUCAAAAAGAAACAAAGCCCAGGUCGAUCAGACUUACCUGGAAUAUAAAAAUCACCAGCUCGCGGGACCCGAGCGAGAUGAUCCACCUUAUCUGCCAGGUCCUGGAGGUGAAUGGCUGUGACUAUCAGCAACAGGAAGCUUUCCUCUUGGCCUGUACACACGGCCAGGAGACCACAGAACACUUUGUCCAGUGGGAGAUCGAGGUGUGUCGACUGCCAAAUCUCUCCGUCAACGGAGUGCGCUUUAAGAGGACAUUGGGCACGUUUUUAUCCUUCAGAAACAUAGUGACCAAAAUCACCAGUGAAUUAAAGCUUUAAUCCAGCGGGUACCCAGACGCCGCCUCGAAGGUCAA